UGAGGACUGAGCUUCGUUACGAAGAAAACUAACAUAUUUUAGAAUAUUUAACGACAUAUUGGAAAUCAUGGAUUUCAGAAGACAUGUUUUGACGGUGUUAGUGCUGUUUGUGUGUAUUCUCAUCGCACAGAACCAAGCUGCGUCAAGUUCGAAUGACAACAGUGACGUGGACAUUUCCAGUGUUUCGAAAAAGUCUACAGAAACUGAAGAAACAGCCGCACCGGUUAAGCCAACAGUGUCCAAAGACAAUUCUACAUCCAAUAAUACUGAUUCAGAUUCUGACGGUUUCUUGGGCUCAUUGGUAGAAAAUAAGGAUAUGUUGCUGAGAACGCUGUACGUGCUCAUAGGAGUAACCUCAGUGGUGAUCCUGUAUUUCGUUUUCCGGGCAUGGAGAAUCAGAGGACGGCGAUCAAAGUCAAGAAAGUAUGGACUUAUCACAACAAGAGGAUCAGAUCUGGAAAUGGCUCCAUUAGACGCUGAUGAUGAAGAUGAUGAUCUGACAGUUUUUGAAAUGAAUGAUAGACAUAAAUAACAGUUCGGAACUUUACCUAUCCCAAAUGUGGCCUUCUCUUAUCCUCUUCACAUUCCAUGAUGUUGCUGUUAAUGAGUAGCACCGCAAUAACCUCCAACCCACUGACAAAAGAUGGUAGGCGCAGACACGAUAAACUCAACCCACUGACUAAAGAUGGUAGGAGCAGACACAGCGAUAACCUCCAACCCACUGGCAAAAGAUUACCAUAGCAGACACACGAUAAUCUCCAACCCACUGACUGAAGAUGGUAGGAGCAGACACAGCGAUAACCUCCAACCCACUGACAAAAGAUGUUAGGAGCAGACACAGCGAUAACCUCCAAACCACUGACUAAAGAUAGUAGGAGCAGACACACGAUAACCUCCAACCCACUGACUAAAGAUGGUAGGAGCAGACACAGCGAUAACUUCAAACCUCUGACAUAUUUUGACUUGAAAGGAUGCCCACUUAUCCUGUACUUCACUGGCAGGUGUUGACUUUAUUGAAUAUCUUUGAUAUUUCUACUAAAAAUUGGUGUUUGAUGAUGAUUUAUCAAACAGAAGUUUAUUUAAAACUAUUUACAAUAUACAAUGUACUACAACAUAUCUUUUAAAUCUAUCAUGUAGUGUUUUCAUACUAUUCUUAAAUUUCAACAUUUUCAUAUAUAAACAACAGGUAAACUUCUCAAUACAUACAGGACAUGCUUUAAAUUCAGGAUUGAAAAUGCAUAAGUGUGUGAUGUCUAGAAGCAAGACAAAUCAGAAAUGAUUAUGAAAUCCAAGUAAAUGAUAUAGGAAUGAUAUGAAUAGGUGCUGUAAAUUUAGUUUAUAUUACAAGGCAUAUCUAUAUUAUGGUGUGCUUCUUCAAUCAAACAGUGAAUCAUGUAAUGGAAUGUAGUUAUAUUAUGAAUGGUUAGUCAUAGAAAUCAUACACUCAAAUCUGAAGGAAAAACAGAUUUUUAUCAGAUGUUGUAAGUAAUUACAUGAACCAUGGACAGUGUCAGUGCAUGAACUUUAUACGUAUCAUUUCAUAUCAUCCGAAGUAAUUUGUCGUCAAUUAUUCCAUCUUUUCUUAGAAUACAGUAACUGUAUUUUGUGAGAUGACUUCAUCGUCUUAAGAAAUCAUAUACUUUAGAA